ACACCGCUUUGGACAAAUACAGAAACCCAGAGGGAAGGACAGGGAUGAAGGGGAAAGGGGCACUGGAUCACCUGGGACCAAACCAGGUUCUGGAUCCGGUCCUCACACGUUGGAGAGAUGAUCAGAAAUCUGCUCUAGAGUUCCUGGCUGUGUGGGAUAAGAAGGAGGGGAUCUGGACAAUACCUGGGGGGCGCGUGCUCUCCGGUGAGAUUCUCCCACAGAGGCUGACCAGCAUACUGGGCAAGAAGCUAAAUGAGCAGAUCAAAGACAAACUAGCCAGCAAAGCUGAGGUGUUUAAUGGUUAUGUGGAUGACCAAAAGAACACAGAUAAUGCCUGGUUGGAGACAACUGCUUUCAACAUACACCUUGACAGGAGGGAUUUGUUGAUGGCUGACCUUAAUAACAUGGCUGAGAGCAGCCAGGUCUCGGAAGAGCUGGUAAAGUGGCAGGAAAUCAGCAGCAGGACGUUGGCAUGUGCGUACCAGAGAGAGCUCCUUCGCAAGGUUGCUGAGCUUCACUGCAGGCGCUUCUGAUACCUUCCUGGUGCCAUCGCUCAACACAGAGACUGUACCGGCUAUUAUAUUCAAAACUGAUUCAUGUAGGAAAAUAAAUGGGAACAAAUCAUUUCCUAUGACUCAUGAAUGCUUAAUGCAGCUUCAAAAAGCCGUUUUUAUGUGUGCAUUCAAAAAUCCUUACCUUGUUAGCCUUAAAGGAAAACACCAACAUUUUUGGUAAUAUACCUUAUUUCCGACUUGCCCAGUCUUAGAUGAGAUGUUCGCUUUCUUUUUCAUCUUUGUGCAUUCACUGGCUCAAUUUCCAUGCUAGCACAGUGUGUUAGGAGUCAGUAGCCUACCUCCUUCAUAGUGAAGAAAUACACCUUACAGAAACUCCAAAGCUGUCUUAUUUACACAAGGUGUCAUGUGUAUUUGAACUACACGUGAAGGAAGAAAAUUAAAACGAGAGACGUUUUUGGAGAAGUUAGAUGGUUGUAAUUAUAUCCGCUGAACACACGCGGAUCCCCUUCCGUCUUCCGCUGGUUGAGCGCAGUGAUCCAUUUUCUUGGUUUAAUUUCCUGCACAUUUCAAUUUCAAAUACACACGAUACCAUGUGGUAAAUAAGACAGCUUCAGAGAAAUUGAACCAGUUAAUGCGCAAAAAUUUUAAUGAAAUCUAACAUCAAAUAGCGUUUAAGUCUGAAAAAAGGUAUAGUUCCCAAAAUGUUGGUGUUUUCCUUUAAAAAAUGCACAGCUUAAGAAACUGUUAAAGAGAAAGCUGUGCAUAGACUCAAUAAUCAGCUUAAUCACACCAAUGGAUGUGAAUGUGAAUGCCUUAUUUGACAUCUUACGAGUCUGGAAUCAAAAUGCUUCUUUGUUUUUAGUUAUGUGUUCUCACAAAUUUAAGUUUAUUUUUCCAUUCAUCAUUAGUCAUUUUCUGAUGCUUUUGAUCACACUGUAUGCACAUACUACAUAGCCAUGAAAUGAUAUAUAAUUGACCAACACAUAAACACAAUGUGAAAAAUGGAUUUAAUAAAGGAAAUGAGACCGUUUGGGAAUGAGAA